AUGGUGCGCUCCAUCGAGAUCAAAUCAGAUGGAGACGUGUUUCAUGAAAUCUUCAGAGACAGACCACAUCACAUUUCUACAAUGAGCCCAACUUAUAUCCAGGGAGUUGAUUUGCAUGAUGGCGACUGGGGAAAAGUUGGAUCUGUUAUCUUCUGGAACUACACUCAUGGUAAACUGAAUUCCGCAAUCAUCUUCUUAAGGGAUGCAAUAUUAUUACAGCUUGUGAAACUGGAACUCCGGAACGUGAUUGAAGGAGAUCUUAUGGAGCUGUACAAGAGCUUCGUCUUAACUGUCCAUGUUGACACAGUUGAGAAAAACAACUUAGUCACUUGGACACUUGAAUAUGAGAAGAAAAAUGAGAGCGUUCCAGAUCCGGAGUCACUCAUGGAAUUCUGCCUUCAAGUCACUAAGGAUAUCGAGACUCAUCACCUCAACUAA